ACGAAUAUUCCUUUUACAUUAUGAUACUAAGAGUAACUCAUUCCGCGCCGCUAUGGGGUUUCCAGAACUCCAAUUUCAGCCACGCUAAACGACGAGUCGUAUUAUGCGGCCUGCGUUCCACCUACAAAGCGCCACGACGCACAAGGGUACUCUCCAAAGAGACCAUCCAUGUCAUACACGCCCUUAAGCUCGCGAGAUCCCCAGAUCACGUUCUCGACGCCAAACUCUCGCGCCUUCUCAAAGCUGACAUCUUGAACCUGUUGGAGGAGUUCCAGAGGCAAAACCAGCUCCAUUUGUCUCUCAGGGUUUUCCGCGUCGUUUGCCAGGAGCAUCAACUGGGCCAUGAUACGCUGCUGCAGCUCUACGCCGACAUCAUACUGCUGCUCGGGAGAAACAAUGAAACUCGAAUGGCGGAGGAGGUGUUCUGUCAAGUGGUGGAGAAGGGGUUCAAACCGGACACGAGAAUCUGCACCGAGAUGAUUGGGGUGUAUUUGCAAGUUGGCAUGACGGAGAAAGCCAUGGAGAUGUAUGAAUCCAUGAAGGAAUGGGGUUGUUCCCCUGAUAAGUUUACAUUCACCGUGUUAAUCACAAAUCUGCAAAAAACAGGACAACAAGACCUCGUGGAAAAACUCAAACAGGAUUCUCUUCACUACCUCGAAUCCCCCGAUAAGUUCCUUCGACAACUCCAACAAAAAAAACCAGCAAAAAAGAGACAUGUUGAUCUUGUAUGAAAUUUUCCAGCGUUUAGGACUGCUGCUUGUGCUAGUGCCACCAUGUAUCUGAUAUUGAUUAGAAUAUGGGACAAAAGUGUACUGGUGCUGCCUCUUGUCUUGGCUUCUCGUCAUGUUGCUAAACAUUUGUUAUUGUUAUUCUUAACAUAUGUAUUAGAUAAAUAUGAACAAUGCUGUUGAAAUGAUAAUACCUAUUGCAUUGCAUUAUCAGACAUGGCACAUCUUACAUCA